UUCUCACCGAAGCAAAAAAAAAAAGACAAAAGCUUUCGUCUUUGAGUUAAACAAAAUUCAGCAUUUCGUUUUUUCCUUAUCCAAAUCAAAAACAAAAGUACUCAAAUCCUUUUGUUUUGAUUCUGGGUUCUUCUUAUAACUUAAAACAGAGAGAGAAGAAGAAAAAGUUUGGAUUUUUUUUUCUUUGGAACAGAUCUCUCUGUAUCUCUCUCUGUUGUUCUGUUCUUAAUUUUUUUUACAAAAAGAAACGAACUUUCUUAUACAAUUCAGCUACUUUACUACGAUCUUUGAUAAGUGGGUCAAACCCAACGGAGGAUUAUCUGGUUUUUCGUUCAAAGGCAUGAACUUUUUCAGGAAUUUAGGGAAAGUUUAGGGUUUGUGGGAUUUGAAAAAAGAAAGGUUUCAUUUUUAUUAAGUUGGGUUGGAGGAAUCAUCUGUGAUGCAGUGAUUUGGUAAACUCGAAUCAGAAGAUAUGAUAAUCAAACGGAAAUUGAAAACUCGAAUGCCGAGUUUGAAACGAUGCAGCUCGGUGACUGAGGAAGAUGAUAGAGCUCGGAAGAAGAAGAAGAGAAAGGUCAACUUCAAUGGUGGUCGUGGUCGUGAUUACUAUUACCCUCUGAAUCUUCUUGGGGAGAUUGGUGCUGGGAUUGUUCCGGGUAAACUCAUUGGGAAGAAUAGUUGGUGUAAGGAGGUUUCAUGUUCUCCUCAAGCUGAGGUUGAGGUUGAGGUUGAGGAGGAGUUAAAGUCAAAGAGGAUAGUUUCUGAUUCUAGCCACCGUGGGAGGGAAAGGGUGGUUGAAGUUUCUCGGCCACCGGUUGUGAGGACAUCUAGAGGAAGAGUUCAGGUGCUUCCUUCACGGUUCAAUGAUUCGGUUAUCGAGAAUUGGAGGAAAGAUAGUAAAAGUAGUGGCGAAGAACGCGAGGAAGAGAUUGAAGAAGCAGCAUGCAGGAAGGAGAAAGUCAAAGCUAGUAGUAAUAAUCAUAGUUUGAAGAUAAAGCAACAUGAGGCUAAAUUCACUCCUAGGAACUAUAAGUAUGCCACUGCAUUGUCUGAAGAAGAGACAGAUGAUGAGGAGAUUGUUAGAUAUAGUAAAAACAGCUUUGACAUGAAAAAGCAUAUGAUGAGUUCGAGGACUUCACUUGCUUCUCUUCAGGAGCAACGCUAUAUUGAAGAUGAGACUCGUCCUAAGAAAGAAGGUGUUUAUGGUCCAGAGGAUUUUUAUUCUGGUGAUUUGGUUUGGGGUAAAUCUGGGAGAAAUGAGCCGUUUUGGCCGGCUAUUAUUAUUGAUCCAAUGACACAAGCACCUGAGCUUGUUUUGCGUUCUUGUAUACCUGAUGCAGCCUGUGUCAUGUUCUUUGGUCACUCUGGGACAGAGAAUGAAAGGGAUUAUGCAUGGGUGAGAAGGGGGAUGAUUUUCCCUUUUGUGGAUUAUGUAGACAGGUUUCAAGAACAGUCUGAACUGCGUGGAUGCAACCCUGGGGAUUUCCAGAAGGCACUUGAAGAAGCUCUUUUGGCUGACCAAGGAUUCACAGAGAAACUGAUGCAAGAUAUUCACAUGGCCGCAGGUAACCCGACUUUUGAUGAUUCUGUCUACAAAUGGAUUGAAGAAGCUGCAGGCUCGAGCCAAUAUCUUGAUCAUGUUUCUCCAAACCAGAACAUGUUGAAGAAAUACAGAAAUCCAAGAGCCUGUGUAGGAUGUAAAAUGGUCCUUUCGUUUAAGACGGCAGAGAAAAUGAAAGCUCUGAUUCCCGGAGAUCAGUUAUUGUGUAAAUCUUGUUCAAGGCUGACAAAACCAAAACAGGUUUGUGGGAUAUGCAAGAAGAUAUGGAACCAUUUGGAUAGUCAGAGCUGGGUGCGUUGUGAUGGGUGUAAAGUAUGGAUUCACUCAGCGUGCGAUCAAAUAUCACGCAAGCAUUUUAAGGAUAUGGGGGAAACAGAUUACUACUGUCCCACAUGCAGAACAAAAUUUAACUUUGAGCUAUCAGAUUCAGAAAAGCAAGACUCAAAAUCCAAACUUGGCAAAAACAAUGCCCCGAUGGUGCUUCCUGAUAAGGUUAUCGUCGUAUGUUGUGGAGUUGAAGGCAUAUAUUUUCCAAGCCUUCAUUUAGUCGUAUGUAAAUGUGGAUCUUGUGGGCCUGAAAGGAAAGCACUUAGUGAAUGGGAAAGGCAUACUGGUUCAAAAGCAAAAAACUGGAGGACUAGUGUCAAAGUGAAAAGCUCCAAGCUGCCUCUAGAAGAAUGGAUGAUGAAAUUAGCAGAGUUCCACGCAAAUGCUACUGCAGUAAAACCUCCUAAACGACCUUCUAUAAAGCAGAAAAAGCAGAGGUUGCUUUCCUUUCUUAAAGAAAAGUAUGAGCCGGUCAACGUUAAGUGGACAACGGAGCGAUGUGCAGUUUGCAGAUGGGUUGAAGAUUGGGACUACAACAAGAUCAUUAUCUGCAACAGAUGUCAAAUAGCAGUUCAUCAGGAAUGCUAUGGGACGAGAAAUGUUCGCGACUUCACAUCAUGGGUCUGCAAAGCCUGCGAGACACCUGAGAUCAAACGAGAGUGUUGCCUUUGUCCUGUAAAAGGAGGUGCAUUGAAGCCAACUGAUGUGGGUACACUGUGGGUUCACGUGACAUGUGCUUGGUUUCAACCUGAAGUAUGUUUUGCAAGUGAAGAAAAAAUGGAACCAGCUUUGGGUAUAUUGAGUAUUCCAUCAAGUAAUUUUGUGAAGAUUUGUGUAAUAUGCAAGCAAAUACAUGGCUCAUGCACUCAGUGCUGCAAGUGCUCUACAUAUUAUCAUGCGAUGUGUGCUUCCCGAGCAGGGUAUAGAAUGGAGUUGCACUGCUUGGAGAAAAAUGGUCGACAGAUAACAAAGAUGGUGUCCUAUUGUUCUUAUCACAGGGCUCCGAAUCCAGAUACUGUGUUAAUUAUACAAACGCCUUCAGGGGUCUUUUCUGCAAAAAGUCUUGUUCAAAACAAGAAGAAAACGGGGUCUAGGCUUAUUUUAGCAAAUAGAGAAGAAGUUGAAGAGUCCGCCGCAGAGGAUACCAUUCCAAUUGAUCCAUUUUCAUCUGCUCGUUGUCGACUAUAUAAAAGAAAGGUUAAUAGCAAGAAGAGGAAAAAACAAGAGGGUAUUCCUCACUACACAGGAGGACCACGAUAUCAUCCUUCAGCAGCGAUCCAAACUCUGAACACAUUCAGGCAUGUGGCAGAAGAACCCAAAACAUUUUCCUCAUUCAGGGAACGGCUUCACCACUUGCAGAGGACAGAAAUGGAUCGGGUUUGCUUUGGUCGAUCUGGUAUACAUGGAUGGGGCCUUUUCGCAAGAAGAAAUAUUCAAGAAGGAGAAAUGGUUCUUGAAUACCGGGGGGAACAAGUGAGAGGAAUCAUUGCAGACUUAAGGGAAGCAAGAUAUCGUAAGGAAGGCAAGGAUUGCUAUCUGUUUAAGAUUAGUGAGGAAGUAGUGGUGGAUGCUACAGAAAAAGGGAAUAUAGCUCGACUAAUAAACCAUUCGUGUAUGCCAAAUUGCUAUGCAAGGAUCAUGAGUGUAGGAGAUGAUGAAAGUCGUAUUGUUCUGAUUGCCAAGACCACGGUAGCCUCUGGCGAGGAGUUAACAUAUGAUUACCUUUUUGAUCCAGAUGAGCCAGAUGAAUUCAAAGUGCCUUGUCAAUGUAAGUCCACCAACUGCAGAAAAUUCAUGAAUUAGAGAGUUUUAUGUAGCUGCUCUUACAAAUAAGAAGAAGAAGAAGCCAGGCCAUUGUUUUGUCCUCCAUACAACUAACCCAGGAACCUGUUGCUCUCCACACCUGAAUAGGAAGAUUGUAGAGCUCAAAGCUGAUGAAACUUAUGAAUAAGACACUUCUUCUAAGCUCCAAGGGAUUUGUUUUGUAGGUAGAGACUAGAGAGAAGUUUGUAGCUAAUUUGCCAUUAAUGUAUAGCUAAUUUCCAAAACCUUUUCGAAUUUAGGGUUUCAAUUUGUACUCAAAAGCUCAAAAUAGCAAAAUAGAAAGACACUGCAAAUCAAUUUUGUUUUUCUAA